AUGGUAGGAGCAGUUAAGAACCCUAGAGCGGGGCCUCACCACGACGACGACAGCGGGAGCGGUGGACCCUAUCCCGUCCUCGCCGCCGUUUACUCUUUCACAGUCGCCAACGAGAUCCGCGGCGACAGAGAUGAGCCCGUGCGGCAGUUAAGCUGGUCUUGCCGUGAGGUCGACUCCGGCGAACCGACGGCCGACGAGGGCGCGGCGCCGCCGGCGGCAAGGGCUACGCGCACACCGCAUGCUCCCCAUGCAAGACAAUGAACGAGGACCCUCGCCUCGCUCUGUGAGGACGAUGCUGCGAUCGGAGAGUGUGGGGACGUGAAAUUGACAGCCGUCGACGAGACUGCUCAGAAGUCAACAUCAUAUGCUUAGUUUAACGGUGAGAGAGAGUUGACUUCUGGGUCAUCCGUCACCAUCUUCCACGGAUGUCGACGUUUGACGACUUCCUAUUACAGAUCGCGCAUCUCCGAUAGUUUACGCGGGCCUUUGGUCGUCUAAAUGACUGCCCCCGGGUUAAUCACGCGAGAUCGCAACUAAGUAAAAGGUCUGAAGUGGUCCUGGCCAGCCUUAUGUUGACUUCCCCACCCCUUGGGGGAACGAAGAGGGUGACCACUCAAACGGGCUGAGCUGAGAGAACGAGGUUGACCCGGUGUCUGCCAAGCCAAGUCGCAAGACAUACGGCAAAAAAAAGAGGCUUUCUUCGGUAUUUAAUGAAGUAAAAUCAUUUUUAUAACUAUGGAUUUGCGUCAAUGUUAAUUAAUAUGAGGGAUUAUUCAAGUCAGUGGCCCAAGUCUUCAGCUGAGAGAUGCAUGCAGCCUGAAUAAAUUGCUAAUGCGUUGAAUGAGCUCGUAUUUAUUAAAUAAUCGGGACGAACUAUAAUAAAGUUUAAGCUCAUGAUGUAUCGAUAAAAGUUUAAUGUAACAAAGUCAAACCGGGUCAAAUUCUCGAGUCAAGGUCAGUUAUUUUUUCUCCGGACUCGUCCCAGGAAAUGGGCUUCUCUGGCCCAUAAUGGGCUUAUCCAGCCCGUUUUUGAACCAACUGCGAAUUAUUCCCAGGUGAUGCCAGAUAUUCCACGAAUAAAUAUAAACACUGGAUGAAAUAUGCAGAAAUUAAUAUUUUUGCCAAUAUUCGUGAAACCCACUGCCAAUAAUCAACGGCUACGUCGGCUGCGAGGAAAAUCCCAGGAAUUUUUUUUUCUCCUCUGGUCUGCGGUCCCGAAUACUUUGACCGGGGGGCCUAUUUUUCAUAGACGAAUUACGUGAAUGUCACCGCCUCGUUCGUCGACGAACCCACCGCAGACCAUGGAUCUUCCCCGCUCCCACGUUAUUCUAUCGAUUAAAUGGUAAUUAUAAUAAUCAGGUAGACUAUUCUCAUCGACUUUUCCUCACUAGCCGCGUCUCUCUCUCUCUCUCUCUCUCUCUCUCUCUAUCUGUGCAUAGGAGAAUUUCGCAUGCACGCACGAUUUAAUGCGACGAUGAUGAAGUAGGGUUUUCGUAAUCGUCACCAGCUUGAAAUCUGUCCCUUCACUGCGUGCGUCUCUUAGUUGGCUCCUGGCUGCAGUCCCCACCACGUGCUGCCGCCACAUUUGCUGCCAAGAGCAUCAUCGCCGCCACCACCACCUCUGCUGACUCCAUGGAUGUCGCCGUCAUUGUCGUCGAAGCUAUUUUGACUCACCGGCGCGUUUGGUCCGCGGCACGCCGCCGGCCUGACCCACCAAAACCGCCGACUUUAGCUGCUGGCCCAUUUUCGCCAACGGACCGGGUGCGACUUCGGCGGAGUAAGAUCAUGCACAAUGCCGUCUGA